AUGUGGGGUUCCAGUGGACAGUUGUGUUCCUCUGAACGGCCCAGAGCCAAUUCACUGAACCCCAGUAACAGGAGGCAGAAGAAAAACCAUAGCAGCAAACUGCAAGAGCUGGCACUACUGCUACCUGUGGCCCUGAGGACCAGUACCAAGAAGCUCACCAAGAAGGAGAUUCUGCUGCACAUCCUGUGCUACAUUCAGUACCUCCAGAGAAACAUCGAUGUGGCCAAGGCCUUGCUCAAGUUCCACAGCAGCAAUGGGGAAGGAGGACUUGGCCUGGGUCGGGACCCAGCCCUCGGCCCAGCUAGGCGCAGACACUCCACCCCUUCCAGCUCCCCGUGCUCUCGGAAGUCUCAUCUUGAGGGGGCCUGCCUGAAACCUCGGAAGAAGAAGCUGUCCCGAGUGUCAGAACGCCAGACCCUGGUCCAAAAGCCCCGCCGCUCUCUGGCCCUGGACGAACUUGAGCAACUAGGGACACCAUCCCCAGACCAUAAAGGCUGCUGCUGUGGAAAUGGUACCCAGGACGAUGGGCCCUCCUCUGCCUCUGAGGCUGGUAUUGAGAGGCUCCAUCUUCUCAGCAAGAUGCAAACUUGCCCCAGGCAGAAGCUGGUGCGUUAUCAUUCCAGCGAGGAGGUGGAUAAGGAGCCCCUGGAUGCCGACCCUUGGCUUCCUGCCUGGACCACAGAGGGCAGCCCCUAUGGGAGCCCACUGGCCUUGGGGCCUCUCCAGAUCGAUACCUGGAGUUUGGUGGGCAACCCAAGUGAGAUCCUAGGACUCAGCCCUUCUCUCUUCAGCUCCCCGGGCAAACUGCUGCCAGACCAGAUCUUGGAGGAUGACACUCUCUUGGAAGAAAUGUUCUUAGAUCUCGAGUCUUCGCCUUCUGCCUGCAUGCCUGAGGCACCACAGACAAAGGGAACACCCUCUGAAGGCCCCAGAGACCUGCCUGAUUCCCACGUCUCAUGCCAGUCCUCAGUCUCGCUGGACCACUGCUACCUUUCGCUAAGUGAGAACAGCAAGGCACCAUCCAGCCCUGGCUCAGAGGAUAGUGACGUGGAGUCUGCUGGGAGGCAGCAGGAGGAUGAGCAGCCCGACCCUGAGGACUUGCAGUCCUCCAGUGAGGAGGAUGGAGAUUAUACGUGGACCCCCACCCGGCGGGCCUCCACUCUACCUGCAGCAAGCAGAAAGGCCAGGAAGGGCCGGGCAGGCAGGGUCCCUGCGAAGCCCAAGGACAGUAAGAAGGCCUCCUGCCUGUCCCAGACCAAGAAAAAGUGUGUCAAUGGCUUCAUCAUGUUCUGCAGGAUGAACCGGAAGCAGUAUAUCCGAGCCUACCCUGGCACCGCAUCCACAGCUGCCACAAAGGAGCUGGCCCAGCUCUGGCGGGGGAUGACAGAGCAGGAGAGGAGACCAUACUGCACCAAGGCCCGCCGGUUCAGCCGCCAGCACAACCGCAUUGUGAAGCAGGACAGCUCCAGCAGCGAGGACGAGGACUGGGAGACCCCCAAGCCCUUCUACCAGCUGAUGGCCGAGAAGGCCCGCUGUGCCCCAGACGCAGCCCUGCGCCCCCACCGCACCUGAGGGGUACCCCUCUGCCCCUCAUGGCUCUCGCAGCCCAAAUUUGCAACCAGGUCCCCCCUGGCCAGUUCCCAUGGGACAGGGGAGGGAGUAUUUAUUUAUUUUUUCUUUUCUUUUUUGUAGAGGA